CUUCAUCUAAUAACCAAGAAAUUAUCUUGGGUAGAGAAAAUAGAAAAAGAAAUCAGCAAUACAUAAUACAUUCCUAUUUUGAUUAUUUUGAUUGAGGUCAACAAGUUGAGAUCUACAGCAAGUUAUUCAUCCUCAAGGCUCAAAUGCCAAGUGAACACCAUACCUAAGAAAAGCCCCUGGCUUGAGGCUUUGAUGCCGUAUAAGUGAGAAGAUGGAUAUUCCAGAUGUCUCGAAGUCGAAGCUACAAGUGCAACACAGCGACGAAGGCGGAUCGGGCGACACUACAACUUCAUCUAUAGCUAUAGAGAAAAUUCAGCAACAUCUCAAGGCCAAAGAUGAUACCUCCAGAUUCGUUGGGUUGGCUCUUCUAAAGUCCGUCUUAGACAACUCCCCCGAGCUCCAGAGUGAGAAAGAAGUUAUAGUUUCAUUAUGGGACUCUAUUUCACCCAAAUUUCUAGACCGGCUAUUACGCACCGGUUCUCACUCCGGCUCGGAACAGAAGAACUCCAAGGAUAUGCUUGACUUAGCAAUCGCUGUCAUUCAUACAUUUGCUGUGCUGUUACCCGAUGACGCAAAGCAAGACGCAAAACUACUCGAUAGAAUACCAAAAUUGGCCAAGGCGGUCCUUUAUAGCUCCAAAGAGACAACCCAGGUAAUCAUAGAGACAUUGCUAACUCUUGUUGCCGUACCUGGGGGUGCGAAAAGUUUCGCCCAUCUUGAUAUCGAUGACUGGACCCCUUUAAUAGAAAUUGCUCCAGAACACGCACAUGUCCUCACGAUAUUCAUCUGGGCUUGGGAGAGGGGACCUACCGGCCUUGAAGAUGAAGCAGCCAGGGAAGCGAUGAGGACUAAGAUUGACCAAGGAAUCCAAUCUUUCGUAUCUUCCUUCAUUGGAACCGACGCAACAAGUCUACUGGAAUUCGUAUCCCAUGUCCUAAGGAAUAUCAACGAGAAUCUCAUCCCCAGAAAUCCAAAGUGGCUAGGUUCCGUUGCCAAGCUCAUACGCAACUUAGCGACCAACAGGCCAACCGCAGCCAGCCGUUCUGCAUAUACAAAUUGUGCGGGUGCCUUGCUACUUAUCUAUCCGGAGUCCACGCCUCAGCUAUUAUUCCUCGACGAUAAAGACUCCUCAAAGCCAUUCUCGUACCUCUUCAUCAAUCUCAUCCUAGUGGACCUACGCGCAACUCUACCCUCUCUCCUAGAAAAGCUCAACGACCCGGAAUACCCGCGCAUCUCGCAGCGUCUCACAUCCGCACUUGAUAUUCUAACAGCCUUCGUCGGCCAACUGAUUUCUUGGAUGGAGGAAUUGGACAAUCCCAGGCCAGACGCAAAAUCAGCAGAUUCCUGGCUCAAGAUGCCUCCUGAUUUGAUCCUUAAGCUCAGCAGCUCGAUCGCCGAAACCUUGUCCGUUGUAAUGGAGUAUCUGCGGGACCGCUGGGAUGCCUCGGUAGCAGGGGCCCAGGGGUUACACCCAGAGGCACGAACCAGCAACGCGCAUACAGACUUCGGCUCCCACAAAACGCUUGCUUGGGACGCGAAAGAUGAGAGCGCAGCCACGGAUGCCUUCAUACUCUCCGCCAUCCGCGCAAUCGCGCUCUGGGUCCGUGACGACGACGGUGAUGUUCUAAGGAAAGAGGGCGCUGGGCUGAUGGAUAUGUUCAUGGAGCUGUAUCAAAGUAGCGGUUCGAAUUCGUCCCAACCGAGUGGACUAGAUUACAGACUCCCCAUCCUUGCGGCGCUCGAAGGCGUGCUCCGUACAUCUAAGGGAAUCGAGGCUUUCAACUCAUACGACGGCUGGAAAAUUCUGUCGGGAGACAUGCUUAAGAUUCUUGAAGAGAGCUCGACCUCCACUGUCCUACGGGAAGAGGACAUCAUUCGCGGUACCCGCAUUGCCCUCGUCCUGCAAAUAGUAGCAGAGAGCGAGGGUACGACCCCUGAGGACUGGAUGGGCGUGGUGACUGCCGUAGCGGCAUACGACGUGCCGAUUAUAGAGGGCAUUGCUGAGAACGUGUCACUGCUUGAUUUUCAGGCGGACGUAUUGCAGCUUGUUGCUACGUUGCUGUCAAAUGCGAAUCCCGGCCUGAGGAAACGGUAUGUACAUUCAGCGACUGCUAUACGGGGGAUUGCGGAGCAGUUAAGGGGUAGGGUAGAUGGGGAGACUGAUACGGCAAAGGAGUUAGAGGACGUAUUAUCUCUAUUAAAUGGAUAACUAAGCUAGGUAGGGAGAUAAUUGAGUCGAUAUCACA